CGCAACCCACCUGCAAUAUCAACGAGGCUUCAUCGCAGUGAUCGUUCUCCAUCUGUCGUGCUCGAUGCACAGGCAGCGGCUAUCGAUCGAGUGAUCGAUCUUUAUCAGCCGUACUCGAUGCGCGAUCUGAAGCCACCGAGAUGCAUUGUGUGGUGAUCGUUUAUUGGUCUGUUGUGCUCGAUGCACAGACCGAAAUCAAAAAAAUCAUUUGUUUAAAUUCCCUAUACCUUUGCCCUGUGUAAAAUAUUUUUUCUUGUUUUCUCGAUUCUUGACUUUUGUAUAUAAGCCCGUAGGCAGUAGCAAUAAAUCGUUAGUUUACUAAAUCAAACCCAACCGAAUACUUCUACCGCGUUUCUAAACGAUCCGAUAACCAUAAAUUGGUGACCCCGUUUUAAAAAAAUGGUGAACGAGGACAAACCAGGCACUGGAGCAGGCAACCCAAAGGUACCGGAACAGCAGCAGGAAGCCAACGUGGACACCCUAAACCUGCCACGACUGAGCCUGCCGGUGAUGACGCAAUCCAACAUCGAGUCAUACUUCAUGUCAUUGGAGUUCUGGUUUGCCGCUUCCGGUAUUGGAAAUGCCCACGACACCAAGAAGUACAACAUCGUCAUGGCACAAGUGCCACCAAGCAAGUUGACGGAGUUACGUUCCAUUAUUGAAGCCGUCCCGCCUGCCAACAAGUACGUGUAUAUCAAGAUGAAGCUGAUUGAACACUUCGCCGACAGUCAGCAGAAACGUUUGCAGCUCGUAUUGUCUGAUAUGCCGCUUGGUGACAUGAAACCGAGCCAACUUUUCAACGAAAUGAGGAGAGUGGCUGGAAAUUCGUUUUGUGAACCCGUGCUGCUCGACCUGUGGGCCUCCAGACUUCCACCGCAUGCCCAAGCUGCCGUGAUUGCCUCCAAAGGGGACCCGACAGAAAAAGCUACCAUCGCAGAUGCCAUCGUGGAAUCCAUGGGCCUUCGUAGCAUCAACACCAUCGGUGCGAGCGCACCGAGCACACCAGCAGCGACCGCUAAAGUUACAACAGAAUCGCCUCCUGACAGAAUUGAAACGCUCCAGCGGGAAAUCGCUCAACUGACCAGGAUGAUCAACAAAAUGUUCCGCUCAAGCGAAAACCCACGGGAGCGAUCACGUUCCCGCAGCCGAAGCAAAGUGAGUAAAUUUCGUGAUAAUGAACCGUCCUAUGACGUCUGCUGGUACCACUCUAAGUACGGAGGGGAAGCACGACGGUGCCGUAAACCGUGUUCCUUCGGACUAGCAACCAAGCCCAGCAACCAACAAUGA